AUGGAUCAUCAGUCUGUCUUCUCAGCCCGGACCUACGCCGGCGCUGCUUCUUCAUAUGUACCAGAGGAGGACAGCAACCAGCACAUACGCGCCCAGCUCGAGGCUUUCAUUCUCGACUUCAGACUCGAUAACAGCUUCAUCUACAGAGAUCAACUACGAGAAAAUGCCCUCCUGAAAAAAUACUACUGCGAUGUCAACAUUGGCGACCUGAUCAAGUUCAACGAGGAGAUCGCCCACAGACUAGUCACCGAACCCGCCGAGAUUAUCCCUCUGUUCGAGGCCGCCCUGAAGCGCUGCACACACCGAAUUGUCUUCCCGAACGAGCCCAAGAUAGACCUGCCCGACCACCAACUGCUUCUACAUUCCAACGCCGAAGAUGUUUCCAUCCGUAACCUCGACUCCCUUACAAUCUCCCGGCUGGUCCGGGUACCUGGUAUCGUCAUUGGUGCCUCGGUAAUGUCGUCCAAGGCGACAGAACUUCACGUCCAGUGCCGCAACUGCGGCCACGUCCAACACGUUCACGUAUCCGGCGGCUUCAGUGGCGCCACCCUUCCCAGGUCAUGUGGCAGAAUCAGGGCGCCAGGCGACCCCGGCGAGAAGUGCCCCAUGGAUCCUUACUUUGUACAACACGAGAAGUCAAGAUUCGUCGACCAACAGAUUAUCAAGCUUCAGGAAGCUCCAGACCAAGUCCCCGUCGGUGAACUGCCCCGCCACGUCUUGAUCUCCGCCGACCGCUAUCUUACAAACCGUGUGGUUCCCGGCUCAAGAUGUACCGUCAUGGGCAUCUUUUCUAUAUACCAAAGUGGAGGCAACAAGAAGUCCACAAGCGGCGCCGUCGCCAUUCGCACACCCUAUCUCCGCGCAGUCGGUAUCCAGACAGACAUUGACCAAACAGCCAAGGGUCUGGCUGUCUUCUCGGAGGAAGAAGAGCAAGAAUUCCUUGAACUUAGCCGUCGCCCGGAUCUCUACAACGUCAUGGCCGAGUGCAUUGCGCCAUCUAUCUACGGAAACAAGGACAUCAAAAAGGCCAUCCUCUGUUUGCUCAUGGGUGGCUCCAAGAAGAUCCUCCCGGAUGGCAUGAGGCUCCGUGGUGAUAUCAACGUCCUUUUACUGGGUGACCCCGGUACAGCCAAGUCGCAGCUGCUCAAGUUCGUCGAGAAGGUCGCCCCUAUCGCCAUCUACACCUCCGGCAAGGGUUCCUCCGCCGCCGGUUUGACGGCUUCCGUCCAGCGCGACGCUUCCACGCGCGAGUUCUACCUCGAAGGCGGUGCCAUGGUGCUCGCUGACGGCGGUGUCGUCUGUAUCGACGAGUUUGACAAGAUGCGUGACGAGGACAGAGUGGCGAUCCACGAAGCCAUGGAGCAGCAGACCAUUUCCAUCGCCAAGGCCGGUAUCACCACGAUUCUCAACGCUCGCACUUCGGUCCUCGCCGCCGCUAACCCCAUCUUUGGCCGCUACGAUGAUAUGAAGACCCCCGGCGAGAACAUCGACUUCCAGACCACCAUCCUGUCGCGUUUUGACAUGAUCUUCAUCGUCAAGGAUGAGCACGAGCGCGGCCGUGAUGAGCGCAUCGCCAAGCAUGUUAUGGGCAUCCACAUGGGUGGCCGCGGUGUUGAGGAGCGGAUCGAGGCCGAGAUUCCGGUUGAGAAGAUGAGGCGAUACGUCGCCUAUUGCCGAUCCCGCUGCGCCCCCCGUCUCUCCCCCGAAGCCGCCGAGAAGCUCUCCUCUCACUUCGUCGCCAUCCGCAAGCAAGUGCACGCCUCCGAACUCGAAGCUAACGCGCGCUCCUCGAUUCCCAUCACCGUCCGUCAGCUCGAAGCCAUUGUGCGCAUCACCGAGUCGCUCGCCAAGCUUACCCUUUCCCCCGUCGCCACGGAGAAGCACGUGGACGAGGCCAUCCGCUUGUUCCUGUGCUCGACCAUGGACGCCGUCAACCAGGGGGGCAGCACGGGCAGCAACCGGGAGCUGAACGACGAGACGUCCCGCGUCGAGGCCGAGCUGAAGCGCCGUCUCCCGAUCGGCUGGAGCACCAGCUUGGCCACCCUCCGCAGGGAAAUGGUGGAGGGUAAGGGGUUCAGCGAGGUGGCGCUGAAUAGGGCGUUGAUGAUGUUGCAGAGGAGGGAUACGAUCAUGUUCAGGAACCAGGGUGCGCAGGUUUACAGGAAUGGCGCAUAA